AAAUUUGCCCAUGUAAUGGUAUGGGCAGGUGUGAUUUUCCUUAUCAUGUGGCCUUUGUAUUGUUCAUCGCCGAAAAUAAUGGCCGGUGCUGUAGUGAGACAUUACCUAACUACGUGUUUCAUGGAUUCAGAGACCACCAAAUGCAAAAUUUCUUAUGCUCUUCACAGUCACACACGUUCCCUCCCACUGUUUCACAACAAAUAUGAGACUAGGAGAGUAGUAGCAUUGAUGAAUGGGUGCGAAGGAGACCCCAAACUCCCUAUAGGCAGCAUAGAGACACGCACGUUAACAGCGGUUCCAUCUCCAUCAAAGGCAAUGGAGAGGUUGGAUGUAGCUAUUAGAGACUUGAAAUGUAACACUCCUCCUCUUACCUCUGGCAUUCUUCGACUUCAGGUACCGAUCGAGGAGCAAAUCGAAGCAAUCGAGUGGCUCCAUGCUCAACAUGAUAAUCUUCCACGUUGUUUCUUCUCUGGUAGAAGAAGCAGAGCCAAUGGAAAUGGUUCCAAUCUCUUGAUGGACAUAGGUAAUGGAAAUGGCGACACCUCUUUUACCCAUAAUCUUGUUGGUGCAGCCGGUGUCGGCUCGGCGGUCUUCUUUCAACAACUUCAUCCUUUCUCAUAUCACGAUUGGAGGUCCAUUAAGAGGUUUCUGUCUGCAAAGUGCCCUUUGAUUCGUGCAUAUGGAGCAAUUCGUUUUGAUGCGACGGCUAAUAUAUCACCUGAAUGGAAGGCGUUUGGUUCAUUUUACUUUAUGGUCCCUCAGGUUGAGUUUGAUGAGCUUGAAGGAAGUUCAAUGCUUGCCAUAACGAUUGCAUGGGACAAUGCCCUUUCAUGGACUUGGGAUGAAGCCAUUCAUUCACUUGAAACCACAAUGCAACAGAUUGCUUCAGUUGUUGUAAAGUUGAAGAAAGAAGCUUCAGGAGAACCCAUCCUUAGUAAAACUCAUGUUCCCAAUAAGACACAUUGGGAUCUUGCUGUAAAGAAAGCUUUGCAGGAAAUAAACACAAGCAGCUCACAGCUCGUUAAGGUUGUGCUUGCCCGUAGCAGCAGGAUUUUAACUGCUACAAAUAUCGAUCCUAUAGCUUCGUUGGCUUGUCUGCAGGUUGAAGGAGAAGAUGCAUAUCAGUUUUGUCUUCAGCCACCUAAUGGACCCGCAUUUGUGGGAAAUACACCAGAGCGACUAUUUCACAGAAAAUGGCUAAGCAUUAGUAGUGAGGCACUGGCUGCAACCCGCGCUAGAGGUGAAUCCAGUGAUCUUGAUCUUCAAUUAGAGCAUGAUCUUCUUUCCAGUCCCAAGGACCACCUGGAAUUUACCGUAGUACGAGAAAACAUACAAAACAAAUUAGAGUCUGUAUGUGAUAGAGUUGUUGUUGAACCAAAGAAAACGGUACGAAAACUUCGAAGAAUUCAACAUUUAUAUGCCCAGUUGUCUGGUAACCUGAGAAGGGAAGAUGAUGAGUUUGAAAUCUUGUCUUCUCUCCACCCAACUCCAGCAGUUUGUGGACUUCCAAAAGAAGCUGCACGCCUCUUCAUUUCAGAAACUGAAAUGUUUGACCGAGGGAUGUAUGCUGGACCAGUUGGUUGGUUUGGAGGAGGAGAAAGUGAGUUUGCAGUUGGUAUAAGGUCAGCAUUAGUGGAAAAGGAUUCUGGAGCAUUGGUAUACGCCGGAACCGGGAUAGUUGAAGGCAGCAAUCCCUCGUCAGAAUGGGAUGAACUAGAACUCAAGACAUCUCAGUGCACCAAGUUGCUUCAACUGGAGGUUCCAAAGCAAUCAAAAGUUGAGAAUUUGGAAAUCAUCUAUUAACAAGAUUGGUAUUAUCUUCUUUAAGCGUUAUGGAUCAUUCAAGAUUUUGCGACUUAAAAGUGUGCUUCCCAUGUUGGUACCCACGACCUUCAGUUAUACUUAAGUGCACUUUUGAAUACAAAUCGUUGAGAAGAAGCCGGUCGACAUCCAAAAAGGAUGAUACCGACUUGUGCUAACAGACAUCAGUGUCACAACCCAAAUAAAUAGUAAUACUUUGUUGUUGGAUGACUGACUUGUGAUAAAUUGUGUUUAAAAAUGUAUUUAUCUAAAAGCAGCUUUAAAGCGGCUGAGACGGCGUGAAAAGCAAGAGCAAUGAACCCAUGUCCCAGGUUUUGGCGUUAUCACAUGUUGCCUGUCGGAUUCGUCUCUGAAGGCACCAUUUAUCAUAUCAUUCUCAGGGCCGCGCUUCCGAUGUGUAUACUCAUGCUACGCAUGUGUUAAUUGUAUUACAUAUUAAGUUGGUGAUGUCUGUUUUUAAGUUAGUUUAACAUUUAAAAAGCUUAUGGUAUGAGAAGAUUAAAAUAA